AUGGGUGUUCCCGUUGUCUUGGCAACGAUGGCUGCCUGCGGUAGCAUCGUGACGUCGAUCAAGUCGAGCUGGGAGCUCCGUCGCAUGGUCAAGCGGAAGCAGGAGGCCAAGGAAUGCGACGAGGAGGCACCUUACGUUUUCCGCAGGCUGCGGAGAGCCUACCACGACGGCCUCAUGUCUGUCAUUGAAUAUGAGCAGUGGUACGAGAAGUUCUUGGUGGCCAAGGUCGAGAAGGACUUGUCGGCUAUGCGGAGGAUUCGAGCACACCUACGAAUCCUGGAAAAUGGUGCACCGGUGGCAGACGGCCAACGCUCGAAGCGGAUCGAAGGAGGCAGGCGGCGACACUCGGUUUCCUUCGCUUCCAACCCUACGUACGUUGACUACCAACCAAGCAGGCCCAGCCUCGAGUACCGCCCAGACCGGCAUGCGCAUGUUGGUGCGCGGCCCGAGCAAUUUGUUCGCCUUGAGCGACAGGCCACUUACAGCCGGGGUUCCUCAUCGGACGCCUCGUCCCGAGCCAGAAGUCGGAGCACAUCGGUGCGUCAGGAGCCGAGGGGUCGACCCGCGAGGCGAUAUGACAGCUCCGAUAGUAGCAGCGACAGCAGCGACUACUACUAUGAGAAAAGGCAUAUCCGCGGCAGAAGCUUGCACCGAUAG